GGAUUCCCAGCGCGAGACGCGUGAGCGUGACUCGAGUCUAGGUGAGAGAAACCCGAAACCCCAACGCUCCCCACGCCGCCGUAAUCCCUAUGGCUGCCGCCGAUCCCUCCUAUCGUCACCACCACCAGGGCCCCGCGGCGCCGGCGACCGCGCGCACCCGCCGCCUCCCUUGGGUCACCGUGGCGAUCCUCGUCGGCCUCGCCGUCAACCUCGCGCUCUGCGUCCGCCACGUCGGCGACGACCGCCGCGCGGUGGCGUUCGUCGGAUUCUCCCACCUCAACCUGCUCCUCCUCUUCGGCGCCAUCCGCCGCUUCGAGGCCUCGCCGGACGGGUCCCCUGCGCGCGGCCGUGCCAGGUUCGCCGUGUGGCUGCUGACAGCGACGCUCUCCGCCGCCUUCACGUGGAGGACCGGCGAGAUGAUGCCCCUGGGCUUCGCGGUCGCGGCGUGGAUCAUGGCCGCGGCGACCGUCCUGGGCGGGUUCUACAUGCUGUUCCUCCAUGGCGAGAAGUGAUCGAGAUCUCUGCGAGAGUGGAUUGGAUGGUCGCCUCACUAUGAUACAGGCUCAGCUAUGUGAAUGUAUAAAUAAAAGUCUAUGGAUUCGACCUAUGAGGAUUUGCAGGUACCUCC